AUGCUCUUAGUGUGCGCGGAGAGGUGGGCAGUCCAACAGCCGCACAAAAAACGUGUGCGUGCUAUUCUCACUCCAGCGCGCGGCGUCUGCUCCUGCACGCUGGAUAAAGACGACUCGUGCGAGACUUCCCCCAACCUCCAGGCAAGACUUCCUCGCCGCCUCCUGCUGGUCGGUGGUCGCUGGACGUACGACGCCUCCGGCCAGGAAGCUCCUCCCGCCUCCACGCCGCCGCGUCACAGCACAGGCCGCGCGCCCCAAGAACCAAGAUGCCGUCGUCGCAGUCGCAGUCGCCCCGGCGUCCCGGCGCCCAUCCAGCAGGAGGACGACCGGCUGGCCAAGCUCAAGCAGUCCAUCAACGAGAUGCGGAAGGAUCUGAUGCUGGUGGCGGCCGUCUGGACGUGUGUGGCCCACCGGUCCGCCCUGCACCACCCGGGCGGGUACUGGAAGCACGGCAAGGAAGGGCCAGGCGGGCACGCCGCCGGCGACCCGGUGAUGCCCAGCUACGAAACAUACAGAAUGCUGAACACCAUGGCCUUCAUGACCUCGAUGCUGCUCGUGGUGAUGGUCUCCAGCGAGCGCUUCUACCGGACGUGGGGGAGGAUGGCAGCGCUGCUGAUCAUGGCCCUCCUCGACGUCGCCUACUUCGUGUCCGCCAUGGUUGUCGCCGCCGGCCCGAGCGACCUGAUCCUCGGCCCCGUGUUCUUCCUUGGCGCCGUCUUCGUCGUCUUGGCCUUCCUCUUCUUCGGCGCCCCCAGGGCAUGGAAUUGGAACCUUGCCAGGCGCUGCAGGUGUCAGUGUCAAUCGGAGGAACGCGCUGGCGUAGCAGGCGCCGUCCGCUACGUUAGCGGAUAAU